CCCCGCCUCCCCGGCUCCUCUCCCCGCUCCCUCUGAGGCGGCGGCGGCGGCUCGGGCGGCGGCGGCGGCGGCGGCGGCGGCGGCGGCUCCGCCCUGCUCCGGCUCCAGCUCCGUCCCGUUUCUGUCCCGGCCCAAUAUGAGCAUCAUGGACUUCAACGUGAAGAAGCUGGCGGCGGACGCGGGCACCUUCCUCAGCCGCGCCGUGCAGUUCACAGAAGAAAAGCUUGGUCAGGCAGAGAAGACUGAAUUGGAUGCUCACUUAGAGAACCUUCUUAGCAAAGCUGAAUGCACCAAACAAUGGACAGAAAAAAUUAUGAAGCAGACAGAGGUGCUAUUGCAGCCAAAUCCUAAUGCUAGAAUAGAAGAGUUUGUUUAUGAGAAGUUGGAUAGAAAAGCUCCAAGUCGGACAAACAACCAAGAACUCUUGGGGCAAUUCAUGAUUGAUGCAGGGAAUGACUUUGGCCCAGGAACUGCUUAUGGUAAUGCCCUCAUCAAAUGUGGAGAAACACAAAAACGAAUUGGAACAGCGGACAGAGAACUGAUUCAAACAUCUGCAAUAAACUUUCUUACUCCUUUAAGAAACUUUAUAGAAGGAGAUUAUAAAACAAUUGCAAAAGAAAAGAAACUACUACAAAAUAAGAGACUUGAUUUGGAUGCAGCAAAGACCAGACUGAAAAAGGCAAAAGUUGCAGAAACUAGAGCAACAUAUUUGGGGUAUUGUCACUGCCUCUCAACAAGGAGGCUCUCAGCCAGCAGCUGCCCAUCUCCUAGCCAACCCCAGCUCCUCUCUUGUGGGUCUCCAAAGGAGCCAGAAAUUUGGGCAGAGGAAGUGACAAAAGCUGAACAAGAAUUAAGAAUAACUCAGAGUGAAUUUGACCGCCAAGCAGAGAUCACCAGACUCCUUCUGGAAGGGAUCAGUAGUACACAUGCACACCACCUCCGCUGCCUGAAUGACUUUGUGGAAGCCCAGAUGACAUACUACGCUCAGUGCUACCAGUACAUGCUGGACCUGCAGAAACAACUUGGGAGUUUUCCAUCUACCUUCGUAUCUAACAACAAUCAGUCUUCCACAACGUCCAUGUCAAAUAUCUCCACUCCCUCAUCAUCUGCAGUUACCACCUCUCUGUUGCCUUCCACAAGUAGCACAGUUGUUACUCCUGCCCUCACUGACUUGAAGGAAUCCAGUGGAAGUAGGAAAGCCAGGGUUCUCUAUGAUUAUGACGCUGCAAACAGUAGUGAAUUGUCACUUCUCGCAGAUGAGGUGAUCACAGUAUACAGUAUCGUUGGUAUGGAUUCAGACUGGCUCAUGGGUGAAAGGGGAAAUCAAAAGGGCAAAGUACCAAUUACUUACUUAGAACUGCUCAACUAAGUGGGGGGCCUCCAUACAGACUACCAGUUAUGACAUGAUAUUUAUAUAUGAUUAACUAUGUAAAGCAGGUUUAAGUGUCUUCCAUGUUAAUGUCUUAAGAGACUCAGAAACUACCAGCCAUCAGAACUAGGCUUUUCUGCCAAUAAUGUUGCAUGGUAAAUUUUUCAUUGCUUCAGAUUUGGUGUAAAGAGCUUUUUACUUCGUGCCAAGGAUGUUUUCUUACAGGAUUCUCUGUUUCUACUGAAGUUUUCACUAACAAGCGGAUUCUACUUUUGAGUAAACUUAGAUCGAAAGCAGGAGGUCUGUUUUCUACUGAAUUUUUCACUAACGGCAAGCUUCUUCCUUUAUGUAAAAUAAAUUUAUUGUGAAUUGAUAUUAGA